AUGCAGCAUCUACAGGAUACUCACACGCUCCAAUUGUUGCUUACCAAAGUUACAAUUUUAGAAAAAAGGCUUCACCACGCCGGAACUCACUUGGCCUUCAACGUUCGAAAGCGGUCUGGAGCACUCUUAAGGAAACGUAAACAACCACAACUGCAGAAAACUCCAUCUAUCUGCGACGACGUGGAAUUAAGAUCCAUUUCUACCCGUGAGGUAUUUACCUAA